UAUAGCAGUAUCCUGCUGAAUGGAUUUCUCGCAUUCUCGAUUCUCGCAUUCGUGGUAGAUUUUUCGGUGGGUGUGACACAAGAAACAAUUCCUUUUCAUUUCUAAUUUUCACAUCAUACAUCUACUGAAGCAAAAUGAGUAACCAACAGUAUUAUCCUUUCAAAUGUACCCCCACGGUUUACCCAGCAGAUCCCUUCGACCCCGUGGCCGAUGCCGCCACCCUCAAGAAGGCCAUGAAAGGUUUUGGUGCCGACGAGAAGGCCAUAAUCGACGUUCUUGCGAGACGAGGCAUUGUUCAACGUUUGGAAAUUGCCGAAACCUUCAAAACCUCUUACGGAAAAGAUCUGAUUUCCGAGCUGAAAAGCGAGCUCGGCGGCAAAUUUGAAGACGUCAUGGUGGCACUGAUGACUCCGUUGCCCCAGUUUUAUGCCAAAGAAUUACACGACGCUGUUGCCGGACUGGGUACGGACGAAGAGGCUAUCAUUGAGAUCUUGUGCACUCUCUCCAAUUACGGAAUCCGUACUAUUGCACAGUUUUACGAACAAAUUUAUGGCAAACCUCUAGAAAAAGACUUGAAAGAUGACACCUCAGGCCAUUUCAAGAGACUUUUAGUUUCUUUAGUUCAAGCCAAUCGUGAAGAAAAUCAAGGGGUAAAUGAGCAACAAGCAGUGGCAGAUGCCGAAGCUAUCAUUGCAGCUGGCGAAUCAAAAUGGGGCACCGAGGAAUCUGUUUUCAACACAGUCCUGAUAACAAGAAGUUACCAACAGUUGAGAGCUACCUUCUCCGAGUACGAAAGAUUGACUGGGAAAGACAUUGAAGCAACAAUCAAAAAGGAGUUUUCAGGAAGCAUUGAGAAAGGAUUGUUGGGAAUCGUAAAAUGCGUUAAGAGCAAAGUAGGAUACUUUGCAGAGCGUCUUCAUGAUGCUAUGGCUGGUUUGGGAACAAACGACAAGACAUUGAUCCGUAUUAUUGUAUCUAGAUCUGAAAUCGACUUGGCUGAUAUCAAACAAGCAUUUUUGGAUAAAUAUGGCAAAACUUUGGAAAGCUGGAUUACUGGUGAUACCUCCGGAGAUUACAAGAGGGUUCUUUUGGCCAUUGUCGACUAAUUUCCGUAUAAACUGCACUGUAACUGUACUCUUAGAAAUAAAAUGUAUGCCUUGGAGUAAAAUUCACUAGCUUCUCAUUUACUGCCAUUAGAAAAUAAAAUAUUUUAUUAUACUUCGUAGUCACCUACAUAUUUUUGUACUAUUGCAGGAUGAGGCUACCAGCGAAUUAAAACACGUUUUGAGGACGCUUGUCUGUUAUGGCUAAAAAUCCAUUGUCCAUUCACUCAAGUUUUCAAGUACCAAUAUUUUCGAAACUAAAUAAAUAUAUUGAAUGGAGUUCACUUACAAUAUAUGUAUUUAAUUUUUAUUUGGACGCCUUGAUUGUUAAAUAUAUUUCAGAGCUUUAUUGUGAAAGUUGUAAAAAUGUUGUAUUUUGAAAGUUUAAAAUCAUUUUUUUGUUAAAUAUAUAUCGCGAGAAGGUG